AAUUUUUAAUAAUGUGAUUAGAAGUAAUGAAAAGUUUAUUUUAUAUUAAUUCACUCAUUUUGUUUGAGUAAUCUGUAGAACAUGGGUUGACAAAUUCCUUCCCCGAGGGCCGGUAUCCAGCAUGUUUUUAGUGUUUUCCCUGCUUCAACACACCUGAUUUUAAUCAGCAAGUGAUUAACAGCUUCUGCUGAGCAUGAUGAGAUGUUGAACAGGUGAAUCAACUGUAUUGAAGCAGUGAAACAACCAAAACGUGUCAGAUACCAGCCCUCUGAGAAGUGAGUUGCCAACUGCUGUAGAAAGUGUUAAGACUACUUGUGGCAAAUUAUACAGAAUUUUAAAUUAAUAUCUAAAGAAAUAUGUUUACAUGCUUGAAAGCUUAGGAAUUCAGUUUACAAGUCAUCUCUUUAUUUUCCGCCCCACACCUCUCAGUUUCUAUAAAUCAUGCCCAUCGUUGUGUACUGAUAGAUUAAUGUCAUUAUGCUCUCUUUACGCUAAUUUAAUCUCACUGCCUCAAUCUUUGGGAGAACAAAUUUAAGUAGAGUAGUGAGGACAUAUGUAUUUUUAUGUGUGUGUGUGCGGCAGCAGGUAAAAGCGAGAUGCCCCAGCCCGUAAAGCGAUCCUGACACCAUGAAUAAUAGAGAAUGUUGUAGCAGAGAAGAUAAGUUCCCUCUGCAAGGCUCCUUUUUCACAGGGCUUUCUCCUGUGGAUCACGUGACCACAGAGGUGACAGUAAUUUUUCAUGAGAUGUGUUUGUGGCUUGUAUGUUCAUACAUCACCUAGGUAGCGAACCAUCAGGUGGUGAUUCCCUGAGAGUGUCCUGACUCGGGAUAUCUCCAACUGUGCAUUCCCAGGCUCCUCCUGGAUCCCCAGACUCUACCUGAAGCCAAGGGUCAAAUGAAUUGUCUUACACCAUUAGAAACUCAAGGCAACACUUACGAAACUAAAAGCCAGGGGAAGGAAUGAAUAAAAGAUGCCGUCGAAACAGAAAAAAUCCACAACUUCGGAGGAAACCGAGGAGGUUGAUGACGAAGUGGAGGAAAGCGAGCCAGAUUUAAAGGAGAGGGGCAACGAUUUGACCCAUGGGGACACCACGACAAGAAAAAAGAGUUGGAGGAAACAUAAGAGCGACGAGCACUCAGAGAUUCAGAAGAAGGAAAAAGAGGGUGACAAGGUGAAAGAAAAAAAGAGGAAAAAGAAACCAGAUGAUGGUGCUGAAGCUGAUGCUGUGGUUUCAAGCAAGGAUGCUGAGAGCGAGCAGAACAAUAAUGAGGCUACGACCAGGCGCAAAAAGGAGAAAUCUGAGUGGCUUAAAGAGGAAGUGACAGAGAACGCCAAGGAGGACAAGAAAAAGCAGAGGAAGAAGUCGUCUUCAGAAAAUCUAGAAGUAGGGGAGAUGGGGUCCAAGGAGAAGAAGUCUAAAGACGGUAAGAAGAAGAAGAAAAAGUCUCACAGUGAUGAUGCAGAGGACUCCUUAGUAGAGGAGCAAGAAGAAGAGGAGGAAGACUCAAGGAAAAAGAAAAAGAAGAAGGCAAAAAGAGGCUCAGCAGGCAGCGAUGAAGACAAGAAGAAAAAAGGGAGAAAAUCCAAAAGUAAACAGGUGGACUACGCUGCGAUCUACCAAACCGAGUUGCUUAACUACCACACAGACUCCUCUGAUGGGUAUGAAGAUGAGUAUUAUAAAAAAAAAGUGUUUGAGGUGGUCACGAUUACAGGUGAUGUAAAAGGAGCUGGAACUGACGCUAAUGUCUUUGUUACCCUUUUUGGGGAUUUUGGUGUCUCGCCCAAGGUUCACUUAGCAAGCAAAAGCCGGACUGCAUUUGAGAAGAAUAAGACGGACGUUUUCCAUGUUAAAACACACAAUGUGGGACCUCUCAGGAAGCUGAGAAUUGAGCACGACAACACAGGAAUGAGCGCCAGCUGGUUCUUGGACAGGGUGGUGGUGACGGACGUAAAUCGGCCCAAUCUGCGUUAUUAUUUUGCUUGCAACAACUGGCUGAGUCGAGAGGAGGGUGACAACCUGUUUGUCAGGGACCUGCUGGGAAGCCUGAACCCCAUGGACGUCCCAAAGUUGAACAAAUAUCUCGUGAGUGUGUUCACUGCUGAUAUGAAGGGAAGUGGAACCGAUGCCGAUGUCUUCCUCAAUAUCUUUGGAGAACACGGUGACACAGGAGAGAGACGACUGGACAGUGACAAAGACAACUUUGAGCGGGGCUCGGAGGACAAGUUUACCAUAGAAGCUCCAAACCUUGGAAGACUGAGAAAAAUCACCAUUGGCCACAACAACCGAGGCUCAUCAGCUGGAUGGUUUUUAGAUAAAGUGAUGAUAGAUGACAUGGGGAACAAGGAAAUUUAUGAGUUUCCAGUUAAUCGUUGGUUUGCCAUGGAUGAAGAUGAUGGUAAAAUACAAAGAGAUGUGCUGGUUGGAUCACUGCAGCCAAUGGGAAUUAUUUACAAUGUACAGGUGAUGACUGGAAACGUUAGAGGUGCUGGAACAAACUCUAAGAUCCACAUGGUCAUGCACGGCUCCAAGGGCUUGAAAAACAGUGGAAAGAUUUUCCUUGAGGGUGGUGCUUUUGAGCGGGGUCUCAUUGACAUUUUCAAUGUUGAGAUCUGUGCACUGAUCAGCCCUCUCAGCAGGAUCACCAUUGGGCACGAUAAUGGAGCCGUAGGUGCUGGAUGGUACUGUGAAAAGGUGGUCAUUUACUGUCCGUUCACGGGCCUUGAACAGACCUUUCCAUGUGGGAUGUGGCUGGACGAGGACGAGGGGGAUGGACUGAUUGAGAGGGAGCUCUAUGAGAUGGUGUCUCUCAGACAGAAAAAACAUAAAAAAUACCCUUGGUCUCUGUGGAUUUGGACCUCUGAUAUCAAAGGUGCAGGGACAGACGCCCAGGUGUUUCUGCAGAUCUACGGAGAGAAGGGCAAAUCUGAUGAAAUCAAACUGGAAAACAACUCUGACAGUUUUGAACAGGGGCAGAUUGACAAAUUCAUGAUUGAAAUGCCGGACAUGGGAAAACUGCUGAAACUUCGGAUCUGGCAUGAGAAGAGACAUCCGUUUGCUGGUUGGCAUUUAGGAAAAGUCACUUUGCUCAAGACGCUAACCAUGGAGAAAUAUUCCUUUGAUUGCGGCCGUUGGCUGGACAUUAAUGAAGAUGACAAUGAAAUUGUAAGAGAGCUUCCAGCUACAGGAGCGUUCACCGAAGAGCCGCUGCCCUUGAUAAAGUAUCGUGUCACAAUCUGCACUGGUGACGUCAGCGGCAGUGGAACCGAUGCCAGUGUGUUUCUUAAUGUAAUUGGUGACUUAGGUGACACAGGCGAGCGCCUAAUGGUUACGAGCAAAACCAAUGUCAACAAAUUUGAAAAAGGGAACCACGACGAGUUUCUCAUUGAGUCUGUGUUCCUGGGCCCAGUGCGUAGAGUUCGAGUAGGGCAUGAUGGCCGUGGGGGAGGUUGCGGCUGGUACCUAGAUAAGGUGAUGGUCAGAGAGGAUGGGCAACCAGAGUCUGCAGCCAUCGAGUUUCCCUGUUCCAGGUGGUUGGACCGUAAUGAGGAUGAUGGACAGAUUGUCCGUGAGCUGGUUCCAGCCGGAGAGGGGCUUCGUCUCUUUAAUGUCAACUACCACAUAGCAAUCAAGACAGGCAGUGUUAAUGGGGCCAGUUCUGACUCCAGAGUGUUUGUAAAGCUGUACGGGGAGAAGGGUGACACCGACAGGGUCAUUCUGGCCGUCUCCGACAAUGACCUUCGGAACUACUUUGAGACAGCACGCACCGAUAUCUUCAUCCUUGAAACUUACGACGUUGGAAAGAUUAAUCGUCUUCUGAUUGGCCACACAAACGAGGGCUUACGGGCCGGAUGGUUUCUGGACAGUGUGCAGAUUUCUGUCCCCAUUCACGGGAUGCAGUACAUGUUUCCGAGUCACCGCUGGCUUUGCAAGGAUGAGGCAGACGGAAAGGUGGAGGUGGAAAUAUAUCCCAGUGAGGUUUUGGAAAUUGAAAAAUUGAUCAACUAUGAAGUAGCAGUAGUCACUGGUGAUGUCCGCGCAGCUGGGACCAAUGCUAAUGUCUUCUGUCAAAUCUACGGAGACGAAGGAAAAACCGAAAUCCUCUCGCUGAAAAGUCGCUCCAACAAUUUUGAACGUGGCACAACUGAAAUAUUCAAAAUCGAAGCUCUGGAUGUUGGAAAGAUCUAUAAGAUACGCGUUUUCCAUGAUGGGAAGGGUAUCGGUGAUGGGUGGUUCCUGGAGACAGUGGACAUCAAGCGACUGACGAUGGCAGUGGUGCAGGUUGAAGUCAAGAAAGAGGAGACAACCAAGAAAGACAAGAAAAAGGACAAGAAAAAGAAAAAGAAAGAAGAGGAAGACGAGGUGGAGGUAAUAGAGGAGCUGAGGGAGGUGGUGGAGACGUAUACUUUCCCUUGUAACCGCUGGCUGGCCAGGGACGAGGAGGACGGGGAGAUUGUUGUUGAGUUACUGACUGAGGACAAUGAAGACUUGGAGUUGAAGUCAUAUGACGUGUACGUGUACACCGGGACCAUGUGGGGGGCUGGGACCGAUGCUAACGUGUACAUCAACAUCUACGGAGAGACUGGAGACACGGGGGAGCGGUGGCUCAGGAAAUCCAACCACGUAAACAAAUUUGAGAGAGGCCAGGAGGAUGUUCUGAGCCUCACAGCAGUGGAUCUUGGGGUUCUGAAGAAGCUCAGGAUCAGACAUGAUAACAGCCAGGCCAGCGCCGGCUGGUUUUUGGACCGAGUGGAAAUCGUAGACACCAAAGACGAUAUAACGUACUUUUUUCCAUGUAAACGCUGGCUUGCUGUAGAUGAGGACGAUGGACAGCUUGCUAGAGAACUCGUCCCGGUGGAUGAAGCCUUUAUGAGGAAGGGGGAUGAAGAUGAAGAAGACUCAGAGGCAACACUUGGUUUGGAGCAGAAGGCUAUGUCUACAACGUACACAGUAAGGAUCAAAACUGGUGACAAGAAGUACGCAGGAACGGAUGCUAACGUCUUCAUGACCCUGUUCGGCACCAAGGAUGACACAGGAAUAAUUACCAUGAAGGCUUCAAAGACUCAUAAAAACAAGUUUGAGAGGUAUACCACUGACGAGUUUACCGUGGAAGCUGUGGAUCUUGGGCCGCUGCAAAAGAUUCGUAUUGGGCACGACAACUGUGGGGGCUCUGCAGGCUGGUUUCUUGACUGGGUGGAGAUUGAUGCCCAGUCCCUGGGACAGAAGCUUUGCUUCCCCUGCGGCCGCUGGCUGGAUAAAGGGGAGGAUGACGGAGCCAUUGUCAGGGAUCUUUUUCCUAAUCCACUUCAGACGGAGUUUUACACCCCGUUUGUGCCCUAUGAGAUUAAAACCUUCACAAGUGAUGUGUUUGGAGCUGGAACAGACGCGGACGUGUUCAUUGUUCUGUAUGGAAAAGACUCAGUGUGCACCCAGCAGAAGUCUUUGUGCGUCAACAAAAGGGAGAGGAGAAUGUACUUUGAAAGAGGAGCCGAGGACAUGUUUAUCGUCGAGUUAGAAGAUGUGGGAGAUGUAAUUGAGAAGAUCCGCAUUGGUCAUGACAACCGCGGGGUCAAUCCGGGCUGGCACCUGGACAGAGUGGAGAUUAGGCGUCUGCUCAGAAAAGGAAAGGGUUCUGAAACAGUCAUCUUCCCCUGUGAGCGCUGGCUCGCCAAGUCCGAAGACGAUGGAGAAACAGUGAGGGAGCUGGUACCCUCUGACAUCAUCACUGAGAAACUUUCCAGAGACGGCAACCUGAAAGUGACCGAGGUUGAGGUGGAAGAUGCCCUAGAGACCCACACAUACAAAGUGUCAGUAAUGACGGGGGACGUGAAUGGAUCUGGCACGGACGCUAACGUCUUCCUCACUAUCUACGGAGACCUGGGCGACACCGGAGAGAGAAAGCUGAGCAAGUCGGAGACGAACAAAAACAAGUUUGAACGUGGAUCUGUGGAUAAGUUCACGAUAGAAGCUGUUGACCUUGGCCAAGUUUUCAAGAUAAAGAUUCGCCAUGACAACAGCUUGGUGAGCGCCGACUGGUACUUGGACCAGGUGGAGGUGUUUGAUGAAGAUACAGAAGAAGUCUACCUAUUCUUAUGUGAGCGCUGGCUGUCCAGAAAGAGGGAGGACAGGCGCAUUGAAAGAGUCUUCUACGUCAAGGGUUAUGAAGGAGUGAGAGAGAGCCUGGACAGUAAAAAGAAAUCAGCUUUGACUCUAAAGAGUGUUGACAGUAAUAUGAACAAAAAGAACAAAAAGAAGAAAGAUGAAGAAGAAAUCGAGCUCCCAAUCAUACCAUACCACAUCACCAUCAGCACCGGAGAGGAGCGUGACGCGAGUACCACCAGCAGGGCUUAUGUGAUCAUUGUUGGGUCCAAUCAUGCCCAGACGGAGAGGAUGUGGCUGGACCUGCCGGACGGGAGUAAAGGCUUUCAGGCCGGCUCUUUGAAGAGUUUCGAGGUCAGCGGGUCAGAUGUGGGGGAGUUUAAAAAGGUGGAGCUCGGCCAUGAUGGAGCCACUCCAGAAAGCUGCUGGCUCGUUGAUGAGCUGGCUGUUGCUGUGCCAACCAAAGGGGUCAAAUAUAUCUUUGCUUGCAAGUGCUGGCUAGCCAAAGAUCGAGGUGAUGGCUUGACUGCUAGAGAAUUUAAUGUGCUUGAUGCAGAGGCCAUUGCUAUCUCACAGAAGAUUAUCUAUGAGGUGACAGUGGUAACAGGAGAUGUACAGAAUGCAGGAACAGACACCAAGAUCUUCAUGUCGGUGUUUGGUGCCAACGGCAGCACAGAGGAGAUGCUGCUGGAAAAAAACGAGGACAGGUUUGAGCGCGGUCAGGAAGACACCUUCAACAAGGAGAUUGAUGACAUAGAACCAUUAAGGAAAAUGAGACUUCGUAUUGAUGGCUCUGGCAGUAGACCUGACUGGUUUCUCGACAAGGUGAUCUUGCGUAACCUGACCACAGAGGAGGUGUCUGUGUUCACCUAUGAGGAGUGGUUGUCCAGGACGCGAGGACCCAAAAGGACCAUGAUCUGUGAGAUGCCCGCUGUGGUGGAUGAGGAAGUGAUGGUGGAGCUUACCACCUACACCAUCCAGGUCAAGACCAGUGAUGUUUCAGGGGGAGGCACUGAUGCCCAUGUGUGGCUCAUCAUUUUCGGAGAGAACGGAGACACGGGAACCCUAACACUAAAGGAAAGCAACAAGUCCAACAAGUUUGAACGCAAGCAGGUGGACACAUUCCACUUCGCUGACGUCCUCAGUCUGGGAGACCUCUCCAAAGUGCGAGUCUGGCACGACAAUACAGGUCUUGCUCCAGGUUGGCACUUGGAGCACAUCGAUGUGAAAGACGAAAUCUUGGACAAAACUUUUCGUUUCCCAUGUGACCGCUGGCUCUCCAAGAGCGAUGAUGAUGGGCAGAUAAUGAGGGAGCUGGCCUGUGUGAACAACGACUAUUUAGAUCUCAACGAGAAAACCAAAUAUGAAAUUUGUGUCACAACUGCCGACACGAAUGAAGCUGAAACCAAAGAGAAUGCAUGGAUCAUACUUGAGGGGAAGAAGGCUCGAUCAAAGGAAUUUGUAAUGGAGAACUCUUCGAAGAAGAGGAGGUUUUUGCAGGGAAAUGUUGAUAGAUUUGAGAUUUCUUCAAAGAACCUUGGUGAUAUCGCUGCCAUUUGCCUGGGCCACACACCCAAGGAUGGAAAGAAAGUUAAAGGAGAAGUUUACUGGCAUGUUGAGGAGGUUGUUGUGACUGAAAAAGAGCUCGGAAACAAAUACAUCUUCAACUGCAAUGCCCUCCUCCCACUCUCUCCAAAGAGGGAUGACUUCCUCACUUUUGAGUGCACAAAGUCUGUUGAGAGUUUCGCCAGCAAAGCUCGCAGCUUGGUUCCCGUCAAGUACGAGAUAAUCGUCAUCACAGGUGACGAGAAGGGAGCAGGAACAGACGCCAACGUUUUCAUCACCAUCUACGGCUCCAAUGGUGAUUCGGGCCGUCGGCAGCUGCGGCAGAGGUUCCGAAACCUAUUUGAAAGGGAGCAGACGGACCGUUUCCUGAUGGAAAUGUUGGACAUGGGAGAGCUGCAGAGAGUUCAAGUGGAGCACGACAACUCUGGCCUCAGCCCUGGGUGGCUGCUUGACCGAGUGGAAAUCACCAACACGGCCAGUGGUGUUACCACAAUCUUUCUCUGUGGGAAGUGGCUGGACACAAAAAGAGCUGAUGGACAGAUCAUCAGGGUCCUCUACCCAAAAUACUAACAGGUCUGUUUCAAAUAAUGACAAAAGGUUCUCCUUCCUGCACUUUUUAUACCUCAGGUACAAUGACAUUCAUAGUUUUUGUGUUAUCAUUUAUGGUCCAAGGGCAAAGCCUUUAAUCAAGAAAAGAAAAGUGCCAUGUUUUUAAUACAGUUGGACUGCAAAUUUAUU